AUGACAACUCCAAGGAGAAACACUUUCACACUUAAGUACAAGGAACCUAAGCUGGACAGUCUGAAGGGUUUAAUCUCUAAUUUGACUCUCAGUAAACGUGAUGACUUCGGAAAAAACUAUGGGAAAAUUUUGAGCCUUCUGACUAAGAAAGUUGACUAUGGGAUUAUCAGCUCUUUGGAACAAUAUUAUGACCCACCUCUGCGCUGUUUCACAUUCGUUGAUAUCCAACUAGCUCCUACUUUGGAAGAAGUUGAGAGAAUCAUGGGUCUCAAAUUGAAAGAUUUCAAUCCAUUUCCAAAGCUUGAAGAAGAAGCGGGCCCAAAGAAGAUAACUUCAGCCCUAAGUAUCAAUGUCCUGACUGUUCUAGACAAUUGGGUUGAGAAAGGGGGUUGCGAAGGUUUUGCCAUGACGUUUUUGGAAGAUUUAGCUCUGAAGUUCAAGAAAAAGGGAAAUUGGAAUGCAUUCUAUGCUGUGUUGGCUUUGUUGAUCCAUGGGAUUGUGCUCUUCCGAAACAUUGAAAAAUUUGUGGAUCAGGUAGCCAUAGAAGUCUUUCUCUCUGGCAAUCCUGUACCAUUUUGCUUAGCUGACAUUUACCAUGCCCUUCACGCUCGACAUGAAAAGAGGGGUGGAACUUUGUUGUGUUGUGCUCCUUUGCUUUAUACUUGGUUCAUGCAACAUAUGCCCGAAGAAGGCCCUUUUGAGGCAAAGGAACUUAAAUCUCCUCAAAGAUUAGCGUCUCUCACUGCAAGUUCCAUCCGAUGGUAUAUCCGAGAGUGGGAAACCCCAGACAUUAUAAUCAGCUGUGGGGAAUUUCCUAAUGUACCGUUGUUGGGUACUAAAGGUUGCAUCAAAUAUAACCCUAUGUUAUCUCGAAUGCAACACGGCUACUCCAGGGAUGGUCCUCCUAACGCAAAGAACUUAGAACCAUUUGUGCUCUUUAACAUCCAAGCAAGUAAUCCUGAUGUAAGAGCGAUACGAAAGACUUGGUUAAAGGUUGUUAGGAAGGGUAAAGAGUUUGGAAAAAGAAACCUUCUUACCAAAUAA